AUGGAUGAAAUAAUUAGGAUAGAUACCGAGAACUAUGAUGAUGAUAGACUUGUGCAGCUGAUUUUAGACACCGAGUUUGAGAUUCCGAUUGACAGUGAAUUAGAUACAGAUGAAGAGGAUAACUAUGCCACAGACGAUAGACAAGUUAUCUCUGUGACUAAGUGUCGUGAAUUAGCAGAGAACAGUUUAGUUUUUUGUGAACCCACAUCUUCUCAGAGCUCAACAACUAAACCCACAAGUGAUGCCUCAAAUGAACCUCAACCUGGGCCUUCAGGAGUGGUAAGCAGCAACACAGGUAAGAGAAAUGUCUCUACAAAUAGUAAAAGUGGUCCAGUGAAAACUCUGUGGAAGUGCAAGAAGUUUCAAGCUCCAAAAGACAUUGAUUUUUCGGGAAGUACAGAUCUGCCUUCAAGUAUUGCAGAACUACAAACACCCACACAAUUUUUCUCUUAUUUUGUAAAUGAUGAAUUCCUAGAGUUAGUUGUAGCAGAGACAAUAAAAUAUAGUGUACAAAAAGAUCCCAACCGGCCCUUUCAUGUUACUGUCCCAAUGAUAAGAAAGUACAUUGGAAUUCUCAUCAUGAUGUCAAUUGUGAAACUCAACAACAUCAGAGACUACUGGAAUGGUAAUAUAGGGAAUCCUGUCAUUUCUAAUACCAUGUCAGUGAAUGACUUCGAAAAUAUAAGAAGAUAUCUUCAUUUUAAUGACCAGACCUUAUGUAAACCCAGAAAUCAUCCUGAGCAUGACCGGCUGUUCAAACUUAGGCCUGUAAUAGACCAUCUUUGUAAAAAAUUUCAAUCUGUCCCUUUGGAAGCCCAACUUUCCGUCGAUGAACAAGUGUGUGCUACAAAAGCACAUCACUAUAUGAAACAGUACAACCCAAUGAAGCCCCAUAAAUGGGGCUACAAGCUUUUUGUAUUGAGUGGCAUAACAGGAUUCGCUUACAAUUUCGAAAUUUAUUCUGGCCAGGAAAAUUCAAAAAUGCUGCCCAAUGAGCCUGAUCUUGGGGCUUCAGCAAAUGUUGUUCUGCGGCUGUCUCGGAUUGUUCCAGAAAACCAACAUUAUCAAAUUUAUUUCGAUAAUUACUAUACAACCCUUCCUCUACUGCUUCAUUUGGAAACUAAGAAAAUUCAUUCUCUGGGGACCAUAAGAAGAAAUCGCUUUCCUGGCCUCAAACUUCCAGAAGACAAGCUGCUGAAAAAGAAACCACGGGGGACAUCUUAUGAAAAUACAGCUACGAUUGAUGGGACUGAAGUUUCAGUUGUGACCUGGAUAGAUAACAAGGUUGUCAAUUUAGCCUCCACAUUCACUGGGGAAAAUCCAAUUGGAAGAUGCUCUCGAUAUGAUAGGAAGCUGAAACAGAGAAUUGAGGUGAGACGCCCACAGGCAGUGGAAGAUUACAUCAAAUUCAUGGGAGGCGUAGAUCUUUUGGAUAUGAUGAUGGCCACACACAAAAUUAGUAUGAAGUCAAAAAAAUGGUAUUUUCGAAUAUUCCACCAUUUGAUCGAUCUGACAUGUGUGAAUGCAUGGCUGCUGUACCGAAGAGUUCAUGGCAACACCAUGAUCCAAACAAAGUUCAGAGAAGAAGUGGCAGUGACCCUGUGCAAAAUUGGCCACAAGGAUAUUCCUAAGAGAGGCAGACCCUCCUCAUCAGAUGUACAGGCAGGCAUGGAUAAGAAGAGGAAGAAAGGACCAGCAGCUCCUCAACCAACUAUAGAUGUCCGCAAAGAUGGGGUGGAUCAUCGGAUUGCCUACAACAAUGAAAGUCGACUUCGAUGCAAACUUCCAGGUUGUCCAGGCUUCUCCUACUUCAAAUGCAGAAAGUGCAAUGUAAACUUGUGCAUCAAUCAAGAGAGAAACUGUUUUGACCAAUACCACUAUGGCUAA